AUGGCCAAGUCCAAGAACCACACCACACACAACCAUUCCCGAAAAUGGCACAGAAAUGGUAUUAAGAAACCCCAGUCAAGCCGGAAACCCCAAUCACAAAGAUACGACUCUCUUAAGGGGGUGGACCCCAAGUUCCUGAGGAACAGGUGCACUGCCAAGAAGCAAAACAAGAAGGGCCUAAAGAAGAUGCAGGCCGACAAUGCCAAGGCCAUCAGUCCACGUGGUGAGGCUACAAAGGCCCUUGUAAAGGAGGUUAAGCCCAAGAUCCCAAAGGGUGUCAGCAGUAAGCUCCAUCGACUUGCCUACAUUGCCCACCCCAAGCUUGGGAAGCGUGCUUGUGCCCGCACUGCCAAGGGGCUUGGGCUGUGCCAGCCAAAGGACAAGGCCAAGGAUCAAACCAAGGCCCAGGCUGCAACUCCAGCUUCAGUUCCAGCUCAGGUUCGCAAAGGUGCUCAGGCCCCUACAAAGGCUUCAGAGUAG